GCCUGAGCAGAGCAGCGGCGGCGGCGUUUGAGUGGAGGAAGAUGGCGGCUCCGGGCGGUUCGGGUUCCAGCCAGCUGUGAGAACCCCCGAGCUGCAAACGCGGCUUGGGACGGAGUGCCUCUGGUCUGGUCCUGCCUCGGGGUCCCUCAGCGCUAUCACCAGCGGAGUGAACCCGAGAUCGUGGAGCGGGCCGGGCCAGCUUUGGAGUGGAAUGUCAUGGCCAGCUCUUCGGACAGUGAAGAUGACAGUUUCAUGGCUGUGGACCAAGAGGAAACUGCACCGGAAGGGACAAUGGAGCAAGACGAACACGCCCACCCAGGCCUGGAGGCCGAGGAGCCUCGACAUGACAGGUCCAUGUCGGAGCUGCCGGAAGAGGUUUUGGAGUACAUCCUGUCCUUCCUCUCGCCCUAUCAGGAGCACAAGACUGCAGCCCUGGUCUGUAAACAGUGGUAUCGACUAAUCAAAGGGGUAGCCCACCAGUGUUACCAUGGCUUCAUGAAGGCUGUCCAGGAAGGAAACAUUCAGUGGGAGAGCCGCACUUACCCGUACCCUGGGACCCCGAUCACUCAGCGGUUCUCACACAGUGCGUGCUAUUAUGAUGCUAAUCAGUCUAUGUAUGUGUUUGGAGGUUGUACCCAGAGCAGUUGCAAUGCUGCCUUCAAUGACCUCUGGAGGCUUGACCUCAAUAGCAAAGAGUGGAUUCGACCUUUGGCUUCAGGCUCCUAUCCUUCCCCCAAAGCUGGAGCAACUCUGGUUGUGUACAAGGACUUGUUAGUGCUCUUUGGUGGCUGGACGAGACCAAGCCCUUAUCCUCUACACCAACCAGAGAGAUUCUUUGAUGAAAUACACACUUACUCACCCUCUAAAAACUGGUGGAAUUGCAUUGUAACGACCCACGGACCACCUCCCAUGGCCGGCCACUCCUCCUGUGUGAUAGAUGAUAAAAUGAUUGUCUUUGGCGGCUCUUUAGGAUCCCGGCAAAUGAGCAAUGAUGUCUGGGUCCUUGACCUCGAACAGUGGGCAUGGUCCAAGCCGAACAUCGCCGGCCCCAGUCCUCACCCUCGAGGCGGCCAAUCUCAGAUUGUCAUGGACAAUGCGACUAUCUUAAUCCUUGGAGGUUGUGGCGGUCCCAAUGCUCUUUUCAAGGACGCUUGGUUGUUGCACAUGCACUCAGGUCCCUGGGCCUGGCAGCCACUCAAGGUAGAAAAUGAAGAUCAUGGGGCUCCAGAGCUGUGGUGCCAUCCAGCCUGCCGGGUGGGACAGUGUGUGGUGGUCUUCAGCCAGGCUCCCAGUGGGAGAGCCCCCCUCAGCCCCAGCCUGAACUCUCGCCCGUCACCCAUCAGUGCCACUCCUCCGUCCCUGGUUCCUGAAACCCGAGAGUACCGCUCGCAGUCUCCAGUAAGGAGCGUGGAUGAAGCUCCUUGUGUUAAUGGCCGCUGGGGAACACUGAGGCCCAGGGCUCAGAGGCAGACUCCCUCGGGCUCCCGGGAAGGGAGCCUCUCCCCAGCCAGAGGAGAUGGCUCUCCUGUCCUCAACGGUGGGAGUUUAUCUCCAGGUACAGCAGCUGUCGGUGGCUCCUCCCUCGACAGUCCUGUGCAGGCCCUGUCUCCAAGCACUCCGUCUGCCACUGAAGGGUACGACCUAAAAAUGGGACUUUCUUUAGCCCCCCGACGGGGGUCACUACCGGAUCAGAAAGAUCUGAGACUAGGGUCCAUAGAUCUGAGUUGGGACCUGAAACCCUCUUCCAGUAGCAAUCAUAUGGAUGGUGUGGACAACAGGACAGUUGCGGGGAGUGCGAGACACCCUCCAGAACAGACCAAUGGUGUGCAUACCCCUCCACUUGUGGCCGGUGCCCUUGCAGGGGCUGUCUCACCUGGUGCCCUGCGUCGGAGUCUGGAGGCCAUCAAAACUAUGUCAUCCAAAGGCCCCUCAGCCUCUGUAGCGCUAAGUCCUCCUCUUGGGUCUUCUCCAGGCUCCCCUGGGAGCCAGAGCCUGAGCAGUGGAGAAGCAGUUCCCAUUCCCCGCCCAGGCCCAGCAGGACCUGUCCAGGGAGAUGGACACUCCUUACCUCCCAUUGCCCGCCGCCUGGGCCACCACCCGCCACAGUCCCUCAACGUCGGCAAGCCCUUGUACCAGAGUAUGAACUGCAAGCCCAUGCAGAUGUACGUGCUGGACAUUAAAGACACCAAGGAGCAGGGGCGGGUCAAAUGGAAAGUAUUCAGCAGCACCUCUGUGGUUGGACCUCCUGAGACCAGCCUGCACACAGUGGUCCAAGGCAGGGGUGAACUCAUCAUAUUCGGAGGACUCAUGGACAAGAAGCAGAAUGUGAAGUACUAUCCAAAAACAAACGCCUUGUACUUUGUGCGUGCAAAGAGAUAAUGUGUUCCGAUCUUCUUUCCCUUUCUGUGGCUUUUAAUUUGGAAUUUUCCAGUGUGCAAGCAUUUGGACUAAGAAUUGGGAAAACAAUACCAUAUUCCCAUAAACCAAAACUCCAGUGCCCAAUCUAACUCACUCCAGGCUGGGAAAAAAUCUUCAUUAAGACAGAUUAUAUAUGAAAAAUAUAUUAUAUAGCUAACUCUGUUUACAAAAAUGGGAGAGAUCUCCAUCCUAGUUCAGAUAAAAUUGUUGCUGUGUUUUAGCAGAGGCUGUGCUGCCUUUUUCUACUUUGCUGAUAACUAGACCGAGAUUCAUUAUGUUUCCAAUAGAAACCGAAGAGCCCCUGUACAUCUCUCGGUGGCCUUCUCAGAAUUAAGAGGAUGGGAAGGUCGUGGCUAAGGGUGCAAGGGCUUCAGCGCAGCCCCCACCCCUGCAGGUACUGGCGGGGUGCAAGAGAUCAGAAGAAAACCACGGAGGACCUGUGACUGCUCUGCAGGAUUCCCCAUGCCUGGUCCCUUUUCUGCCCUCUGUGACCUGGGGAAGUCAUCCAGCGAGGGAUUUCUUUUUCCAGGUGUGCCAGGAUCAUUGAGGAAUGUUAUGCAGCCGACAUCUGUCCACCUGUCCACCUCGUGUCCAUUGGUCCUUUGAGUUCUCCCUACAUGUCUCAGAAAACAUUUGCUGUCUGAUUGUGAAAUUUUCUGACAAUCAUGUUUGGUCGCAAGUUCCCAAAACCUGUUUUUGUUCUUUGUCCUUAUUUUUUUCGUUCCCAGAGGCUGUAUUUUCCAUUUAUAGGCUGCUCUCCACCCCUCACACCCUUUUUCAUUUGGAUUUCCUAAGUCCUAAAACCUGUCUCACUUUAUUUCUUUCACAGAGCUCAGGUUCCUAGAGAAAUCAGAUGCUUCUGAGAAGUAUUUCCAGAACCUUUUCCCUGGUAUUGCUAGGGGGCAAGUACAGAAUUCUGAGAUGCUAGUAUUGUGAGAAAUCCUUGAAACAUCAAAAGGCACCUUUCUCCUUGUGGGCUUCUUUUUUUUUAGUCCACGCACAUUGGGCACACUCAUCCGUAUUUGUAGAAGGUGGAGAUUGGUCCUGGAAGGGACCAGUCAGUCCCCUGGGGAGCAGGAUGUGUCCCUGUGGCCGUCUGUGCCUGGCUGUUGACAGCUGACCAGAUCGCAUAUCCUGUACUUGACCUUCGUGACACUUGGCUGCCCUGGGAUGCAGCUUCCUCACUUGUGCUUGUCUUGAAGUUCAUGUAUCACCCACACCCAGACAGAGCAUGGGCUUUAGCUUUGCCUUUAUUUCUGAGAUAAGGUGCAACCACGCAAGAACAUUUCUUUGGUUAAUACAGAAAGUUAGAAGUUAACUAGACUCUAAACCAUGGCCGGGACACAGGAGAUGUCAAAUGAGUUUGUUUCAAAUCGGACCAUUUAAAUCUGGGGUGGGUUGGGGAUUUGGCUCAGUGGUUCCGCCACCUGCCUCGCAAGCGCAACGUCCCAAGUUCGAUCCCUGGUACCAAAGAGAAAAAAGAAAAAAAUUUUAAAUCUGGGUUUUGGAGAUUCCUCUUCGGUGGAUAGAUUAUGUUACCUUUAGGGAUUUCAGAACAUGUUUCCCACCCCCACACCCCUUUCUCUUGUUAGCGUUUCUCCAGGUGAGGCUGUUGGCAGCUGGCCCUGGGUCCUGGCGCCCAUCCUGCACUCCACAGCCCUCUUGAUUAGUGUGUUUGCUCCUGUUGCACCGUGUGGAACCCGCCCCUCACUGUCCACUUCGCCUGUGUGGUCUUGGAGGGAGAGGCCUCUGGUGCCAAGCCCAGGAAGGGCUGGCUCUGGACGGGGGGUUUGCACGUGCCUGAAGUUGCUCUGCUGCUGCUUCAGAGGAGGGACGGACCACGUGCCUACUUCCUCUGGUGUCACACUGCUCAAAGCUGCAAACAGCUUUCCAACUCCCUGCUCUGCGCUGAUGCCAAUCCUUCCUUGGCCAAGACUGUUCUAUCUUUGGGGUCGUGAACUACAAGGCAAAGCCAGCCUAGAAGAUUAGACAUCGCUGCUGUUGCUUAACCUCAUCUGUGACAUUGAGUUUGUGCAUGGACAGUGCCUCCAGACUCAGUUCCCACCUAAGUAUAAAGUAUUUGGAAGCCUGGAGGUUCCGAAUCUCUACCUUGUAAUCUCUCCCUCUGCCCUGUGGCCUUCCUAAGCCAGCUGUUAACCUGUUGAUUCCUCUGCUUUCCCACGUUGGCAAGUGACAGAGAUGUUGCUUCUCUUAGUAAUGCAGUUCCUCCGAAUCCGCACACCUCAGUGUCACCCAGACCGCUGGGAACCAAACUUGUUCUACAGCCCUCUGUCCAUACCCCAUGGUGUGGGUCUCAACUCCUGGGCAGUGUGGGUGUGGAGCUGUGGGAAAGCCACUCAGCACAGUCAGGUGAUUGUCUCUCUGGGCCCUCGGGAGGCCAUCUGCAGUGGGUGUCUCAGUGCCAUCAAAUCCAAUGUGAACCACAACUGUUUUUGAGGCAAUACCAAUUUUGUCUUAAAUUCACUGAGAGAAAUGAGACAAAAUAUUUUUGUUUAAACCCUCAGGAGCGCCUAAAGGAAAUAUUUAUCAGUAUUUAAGUAUUUAAAACACACCUUGUUUCUACUUGAAGCUUUAACCCUCCAUUUCUACAAGUGUGCCUUUGAGAGCCCCUAGGUCAUAUUGACUUCGCCGGUCACCAUGCUGACCUCAUGUAAGAAUUUUAGUCUCUUCUGCCCUCUGGGAUAGAGCUUCCUAAACUCAUUCCACACAUUAAGCAGCAGAGAGCUUUCUGUACUUUUGCCCCUGUUUCUACCCUUCUUCCACACUUGGGGGUUGGGCUCCAUGACCCCACCUUCCCUCACGUUCUAGGAGCACAUUUCAGUGUCAGAACAAGCUUAAAUUUUGUUUUUAAGGCAAUACGGGACUUACUCUCCUCCUGGCCUUCUGUGGGUUGAUUUGAUUUUAAUCUUUGCAUUUAUAGCAAGAGCUGAAAUCACGAACUAUCUAGGAACUAUGUUGGGAUAUUUUAUAGUGAGGAGGAGAAAGAAAAAAAAAGCCGGGUAAGAAGUUUUGACUUUGGAGGUUGGAAAACCACUGGUCAACAGAGAGCAAAAGGGUAUUUCCCUUUCCUUCACCUUGUCUUGUGGGUUUCCUCUGUGUCCUUUUCUCCCUUCCCCUUCAGAGUGAUACACCUGGUUGGUCUGUCUGUCCUUGUCUUCCUGGUGAUCCUGGCGUGGUGAGGUGGUCUUGCACCAGUGCAGCUGUCAGUGGGGAAGAUCUGAACCCGCCCCGGGCAGAAAGCCUGCGCUCAGCUGUCCCCUGGAACUGUGGAAGACCUGUUCUCAGCAGCUCCCUCCCCCGCGUGCAUUGUGAGUGAGAGCAAACCUUAGGCGUGGGCUCUGUUGUACUCUCUGUACCUGCCUCGCUCCCUCCCACCAGCCAGGGUUCAUGUCAGUGCACAUCCAUCGUGCCCUGGCAAAGCUGGUGCUGUCAGUGGUGUUUCCCGUACAAUUCCGGGGUGCCGGUGGCUUACCCUGAGAUAGUCAUUUUAGGCGCAUAACAGUGUAGGAAUGAAAUUGGAUUUCACGGAUAUUUAAAUCUGUCAAUUUGAUUUUUAUUAUUGUUUUCCCCGAUGACUUUUUAGCAAUUUAACAAAUAAAACAAAAUGGACAGAAUUGUCUUGACUGUUUUAC